AUGCCUCAGUACAAUGUCACCCUGAAAGCCGACGCUCCACCCGAGGAGCUCGAGAAGGCUAAGCAGACUGCGCAAGAGAAGGGCGGUACUAUCAAGCACGAGUACAGCCUUAUCAAGGGCUUCAUCGUUGAGUAUCCCGAAGGUCAUGUCGAUUCCCUCGAGUCCAACGAACAUGUCCACGUCGAGCAGGAUGGUGAAGUCAAGACCCAGUAA